AUGGAAGUUCAAGCACUGUCUGAGAUGAGAUUCGAAGCAAAGCAAAGCAAAGCAAAGCAACAGCAAAGCAACAGCAAAGCAACAGCAAAGCAACAGCAAAGCAACAGCAAAGCAACAGCAAAGCAACAGCAAAGCAACAGCAAAGCAACAGCAAAGCAACAGCAAAGCAACAGCAAAGCAACAGCAAAGCAACAGCAAAGCAACAGCAAAGCAACAGCAAAGCAACAGCAAAGCAACAGCAAAGCAACAGCAAAGCAACAGCAAAGCAACAGCAAAGCAACAGCAAAGCAACAGCAAAGCAACAGAAAAUCAACAGCAAAGCAACAGCAAAGCAACAGCAAAGCAACAGCAAAGCAACAGCAAAUCAACAGCAAAUCAACAGCAAAGCAACAGCAAAGCAACAGCAAAGCAACAGCAAAGCAACAGCAAAGCAACAGCAAAGCAGCAGCAAAGCAGCAGCAAAGCAACAGCAAAGCAAAUUGGAAUGGCGCUUACGUCACUUUGCAGAAGAACAGCAGAUAA